CUUCCACCAUCAUCUCUCUCGCUUACGUUCGAUACAUCUGCAGGCGACCUCCUCUCAUCUUGGGCACAAUUGACUCGACCUCAGGCAAUAUUCUCAACACUUGAAGCUUGAAGACCUCAGUGGCGCAAGGUUCGAAACGAGUGGGCCACACCGGUAUCGUCAACUUCGACAAGGACAAAUCCUUCGACAACAUGGCUCGACAACAUCCAGCGCUCUCGCAAUCAUCAGUCCUUCAACCUACGAGGCCUCGGGAAAGGCGUGACAAUCUUGGGCGACAAGGGAUUCAUUGACCGUCGAUGGCAAGAUCUUCAAGAAUGAAAGACCAAGGCUCAUUAACGACAAGUUAUUCACAACGCCACUCACCGUCAAGUAUACAAGAUUCAAUGCUCAAAUUUAAGCUCGUCCAGACGACAAGACUGUAAUCAAGGUCCGGGAUCGACUGUGUGAAUGUGUGAUCUAGGCGGGCCACAUCAGGGUUCAACAUGCAACAGUCUUCAACGUCAAAGCAUUCACCCUCAAGAUUCACUCAUCGGCAAUGGUGAGUCGCUCGAUGAGAUGUUCAACAGAAUGGAGUUUAGCAACAGUCUUCAACGUCAAAGCAUUCACCCUCAAGAUUCACUCAUCGGCAAUGAAAGGAUCAUCAACACCAAGACCUGCGGCAAGUUUCUCACUAGUAACAAGAUCCAAGACGUUCGGCAACAACUGUGUGAUUGUGUGAUCUCGCUCGACCGGCCCCAGCAAGACUUGACAACGGAGUUCUCAACGACAAGACUAUCAGCAAGCUUCAUCAACAAGACACUUCAACGACAAGACUUACGACAUCCAUCAACGGCAACACUUUUAUACGGCAAGAUACCCACAAGUGUGACCUCAAGGUUCAUCAAGCGACAAGAACAAGACUCAAGACAAUCGGCAACUACUAUGUUAUCAAAUGUUUCUCCAAGAUCUUUAAUCUCGAGAUAUUCAAAAUCACUCACCAUCCAGCCCCUUCAUGAAGCAUAACUCAGGUUCAAGGUCGUCAAUUAUCUCUGGUUUUCUGUGGUGUCUCCCGUGCUUUGGUCACUUUGUCGUCUUGAUCUCCAUCGUACUGUCCUGUCAUCGUGUCCCUCUUUCUUCUUCGAUUUUCCGUUCCCACCUGUCUUUUUCCUUACACACGGACGACCGCCGAGAUAGUUCUGCACACGAGACCGCUGGGCGUGGCGUAGCACGGGGGAAUCGCGCGCCCGACGGUAACGUACGCAGCAUUUUCUCGUCGGUCGUCCGCUCCGCGCAUGCCUUCAGCGACGACCUAGCGGGCGGUGAGUGUUCACGGGCGAGGAGGACCAAACCCGUGUCCUCGAGUGCCCACCAAAAAAUAAAAUAGAUAAAGAGGCCGAGGUUUUAGCCGCUCGCUUGCUUUUAAUGGCCGGGAUCACCGCCGCAGACAUGCGAUGGAUAUUUUUCAAAAACAUGAUGAUUUGAAAAAAA